CGUUCAUUCUUUACAACAGUUUGGAUGGUUUGGCAGGUUGGCAGCGGAAAACACGAAUAAAGUCACGAAAAUUGUCAAUGCCAAGUUAGUUUGAAAGUGUCCAAUUUGUAUAAGAUUUCAGUUUUGAUAUCUUCUGCAGAGUUCACUUCUGCUUAGGUUAUUUUCUAAUUGGAAACGUUAUAAACUUCUGUGGCGAUAUUAACAUGUAUAGACUAAAAUUAACAGCCCUGGGACAUCCAAACCCUAAAAGCUUUAACUGUGAAGACGUCAAAGAAUAUAGGAGCGUAGUUCUUUGGCUUGAAGACCAAAAAAUCAGACAUUAUAAAAUCGAAGAUAGAGAUGGUCUAAGGAAUAUCGACUCUGAAAAUUGGCAGAAUGCGUAUGAUUUAUAUCAAAAAGACUUAGUGAGCCCUGUUGCUAAUGGGACACCAAAUGAACAAUUGAAUUGGCUUUUAUCCUAUGCUGUAAGAUUGGAAUUUGCUGAUAAUGUUACUAAAUAUAAGGCAGUAAAAACUGAAGAACCUAAAAUGGUAACACCUAAUGUUGUAUCAAUAAACCCUCUUGAUAAUCUCAAUUUUUCUUGUCCAGCAUUUGUUACCGGAGUGGAGAGAGUUUGUGCAUUGAGCGGCAUUGGACCUCAUCCUGAUCCUAAAUUUAGAAUUGCAGCUUUAGCUAAAGUAUUAAAAACGUCACCCCAUCCUGAUUAUCCUAAUACUGAGGUUAGCAUUAUCAAACAACCAAAAGAUGUUCUUGAACUCUUGUUCAUUCAGAACCUUAGAGACUUACAGACAAAUAUAAAUGAAGCUCUAGUCGCUGUACAAAGUGUGACCGCAGAUCCACGUACUGAUACCAAAUUAGGUAAAGUUGGUAGAUAACCUUACGACCAUACAUAUAAAACCGCAAUGUGCAUUAAAAUCUCAGAAAUGUUUACUAAAAUAGCAACAAUAGCUCGUUUUCAUUCUUGUAUAUGAAAUUAAAUAUAUUAUGUAACAA